AAUGCGGACGCUCAGGCCGCAUUCAGACAGCGGCGCGCUAAUUACAUCGCUACUCUCGAGGAAACAGGUAACGUCGCCUCCGGCCCGCGCCCUCUUCGCCUCUCAUUAUGUACUCAAUUACCUCGCCAGUCACUUCCCUCGAGCAGGUCGUCCUUCAACUACAGGAUUCGUGUCGCGAGGCCCAGCAGCAGGCCCACGAGUACAAACAGCAGAACUCCCGCCUCCGCCACGAGCUCAAGGACCGCGAUCGCAUCUGGCGCUCGCUCCUUGACGCCCGCAAGGGCCCCCACGACCCCCACGAUGACCUCCCAUUGCCACCGAACCUCUCGCCCAUCCAGAUGUCUGCCUCCACACCAUACGCCCAGGAUCCAGCCGUCUGCGCACCCUACCAGAGCUCCGAUCCCUCCUACCCCAAUUCGUACGCGCCCUCCGACUCCAGCACCGCGUCAGUGGCGGCAUCCAUGCCCCGCGUACCCAAGUACUCGUACGACUAUCAAGACAUUCAAUCCACCGCAUCCCCCACGUUCACCGAGUCCCCCUCACUCACGUCGCCUACAAUCACCUCCCAAGAUCUCUCCUACGCACCUCGCUACCCAGGCGACGACUCAAAAGCAGCCCUCGCAGCCCUCGACUCCGCCGCGCCAUACGUCUUCUCCAACAGCCGCUCCAUCUCCCCUUCCUCCACCCCACCUUCUUCCUCCGCAUCCCUCGCUGCCUCAUACCAAUUCUACCCCGACGCGAAUGGCGUCGCCGACCACGAUUACUACCGCCGCUACCCCCAUCCCACCAGCGCUGCCGAUCUCGCCCUCCAUGGUGGUGAUGCCUCCCUCGGUGGUCCCGCCAGCGAUGCGCUCCGCAUGCGCUUUGGCAACAACGGUACCGCGCCGGCGCCCGCUCGCCGUGACUCGGCACCGAACGGCCUCCCAGCGCCGUUCGGCGGCAGCGAUCACAGCUCGGGAUCACCGCGUAGCGACGGCGACCCCGCACCGAAUCCGCGCAAGCGUCCUGCCCCCGACAACCCCGACUCGGCGCGUCAGUCGCUUUCGCCGUCGCCUGGUCCGGGCCCCAUGUCCGGGACGCUGGCCGUGAUCAAGGCGCAGGCAUUCGGUGCGCUCCGCCGGACGCGCACGCGCAAAAAGACGUCCGAAAGCGCGGCGCGCGUCGCGAUGGACGUCCUCGAGGCGAGGGGAAUCGGUAUGGGCGUGCCCAAGGGUGCGAAGCGACAACGGGUGGACGAUGAUGACGGGGAGGCGUAGCCUGAGCGGGCGGGGACUACUCCCCAAGCCCGGAUUUGCUACGCUUCCUCUCCUCUUCCAUCGCCCACAAGGAUAAUUAACGGACGCGCCUGCGAACUCAUGCACGACAAAGCUCUC